GCAUAAACAAUCUCGUUUUCUAUAUAAAUACAAAACACAUAUAAAUAUAACAUAAGCUCAAAGACUAACCAAACCCAUCAUCUUCAUCUUCUUCCAUACAACUUCUCUUCUCUCUAUAUAUCUUUCUUUUUAGAAAACCUCAGUUUCAAGAACCUGAUCAUCAACUUCUCUUCGAUGUGUUUUUUGUAAGUUUGGGUUUUUGAGUUUGGUUUUGUCUUUGUGAGGUGGCUAUCUUUGUUCUUAUUCUUCUUAAAACGUAGUAACAGCUUUAUAAAAAUCUUUCAAAGCAUGUAAAUUUAAGUCCUAGAUCCAUUUUACGCUCCUUCAAAAAAAAAAAAAAAAACCAAAAAAAUUUCAAGUGUAUCAUUUAUUGAUCUCUCUAUAGUUUUUGACUUUUGUGUUUGGUGAAACAACCGGUCCUGGCGAGGUUUAAGUUUCAAGUGUAAACCCAAAUUUAUAAAAACUUCAAAAUCAUGUAAAUUUCGUCUCUAUCAAUUUAUCACCCUACCCUCCAAAAAAAAAACCAAAAAAAAUAUUAGAAUUUAGGCAUUUUAUUACAAAAAAAAAACCAAAAAAAAAAAAAGAGAAGACGUUUUGGAAAUUUAUGGCUCCACCGGAAGCUGAGGUGGGUUCGGUGGUUGUGAUGGCUCCUCCGACCCCGGGAACCCCGGGGACGCCCGGAGGACCGCUGAUAACGGGAAUGAGAGUGGAUUCGAUGUCGUUCGAUCAUCGGAAACCAGUGCCUCGAUGCAAAUGCUUGCCUGUGAUGGGAUCAACUUGGGGUCAACAUGACACAUGCUUUACCGAUUUUCCCUCUCCUGAUGUUUCCCUCACUCGCAAGCUUGGAGCCGAGUUCGUCGGAACAUUCAUCUUAAUAUUCACCGCGACGGCCGGUCCAAUCGUGAACCAGAAAUACGACGGAGCAGAAACCCUAAUCGGUAACGCUGCAUGCGCUGGACUCGCAGUGAUGAUCAUAAUCCUCUCAACGGGUCACAUCUCCGGGGCUCAUCUAAACCCAUCACUGACCAUAGCAUUCGCAGCACUAAGACACUUCCCUUGGGCUCACGUGCCGGCUUACAUAGCGGCUCAAGUCUCAGCUUCCAUUUGCGCUUCAUUCGCACUUAAAGGAGUGUUCCAUCCUUUCAUGUCCGGUGGUGUCACUGUUCCAUCUGUUAGCAUCGGACAAGCUUUUGCUCUUGAGUUCAUCAUCACUUUCAUUCUCCUCUUUGUUGUCACUGCCGUCGCUACCGACACUCGUGCCGUUGGAGAGUUAGCUGGUAUAGCUGUUGGAGCCUCUGUUAUGCUCAAUAUUCUUGUCGCAGGGCCAUCGACGGGUGCAUCUAUGAACCCAGUGAGGACUCUUGGACCAGCCGUUGCAUCAGGAAACUACAGGUCACUUUGGCUUUAUCUGGUGGCUCCAACACUUGGUGCCAUAUCCGGUGCAGCUGUCUACACAGGUGUUAAGCUUAACGAUACUGAGACUGACCCGCCUCGUCAGGUUAGGAGCUUUCGUCGUUAAGUGAGUUGUGCAUGAGAAAGACUUGUGUUUAAUCACAAGUCUUUUGAUUGUUAUUGUUACUGUAUGAUUAUGUAAUGAUAUGAAACAAAACAAAAAAGCUUUUGGAAGCUUGUGUGAAGAAUAAAAGGCGAUGUGACUAUAAGUCCACGCUCGGCAUGCAUGCAUCAUCGGUUUAUAUAGAAACUGAUGAGAACUUGUCGUGUCUUUGUCAAAUUGUGUCUGUGUAAUAAUAAUACACUUUUAUGUGUGUGGUUUGUGUUAAUUUGUUGGUUUGCUGUUGUAUGUUACCUUGGAGACGAGGCUGUACGUUUUUCAUUAAUAAAAUCUAUUGUGUGUGUAUAAGCUUUUCA